GUGUCCCGGAGGGAUGAUCGGGAGGGUGGCGGCGGUGGCUGCGGGAAGGGGAGUGCGGGGGGCGGCGGGGUGGAGGCAGCGGAGCGGGGCUGGGAGCUCCCGUGGUGGCCCCGCAGAGCGCGGUCCCCGCAGCGCCCGUGUCCCGAAGAUCUACACGAAGACGGGAGACACAGGCUUCUCCAGCACCUUCACCGGGGAGCGGAGGCCGAAGGGGGACCGGGUCUUCGAAGCUCUGGGAGCCACGGAUGAGCUGAGCUCGGCCAUCGGGCUUGCUGGUGAGUUCAGCAGUGACAAAGGGCACACGUUUGUGGAACAGCUUCACAAAGUCCAGUGCAUGCUGCAGGACGUGGGCUCCAACAUUGCCACUCCGCUCUCCUCAGCCAGGGAACCUCACCUGAAACGGACAUCUUUUAGUGAGGAGCCAGUGCUGGAGCUGGAGCAGUGGAUUGACAGCUACUCAGAGCAGCUUCCUCCCCUCCAAACUUUCAUCUUGCCAUCAGGAGGUAAAAGCAGUGCUGCUCUCCACCUCUCCAGAGCUGUGUGCCGCAGAGCUGAACGGUGUGUGGUUCCUUUAGUCCAAGCAGGGGAAGCAGAUCCAAACGUGGCCAAAUACUUGAACAGACUCAGUGAUUACCUCUUCGUGCUGGCACGUUACGCUGCCAUGAAGGAAGGGAAGGAAGAGAAAAUCUAUCUAAAGCCUGAAGCAUGACUGGGAGGAGUGUUCCUUGAGCAUGGGAAGCUAAAUCCAGCAAAUUUGUCUCCCUGCAUCAAGGAAGGGAAGGAGGAAAGGCCUGGAUGGGAAAUUUGAGCUGCCAAGAACUUCCAGUUUUAACUCCUGGUUUUAAGCUGCUCUGUCCUGGACUAACACUGGAGGAACUGUGAGCCCUGGGAUGGAGCUGGGGCAGGAGACUCCAAAUAGAAAGAACUAGAGCUGAGUUCUGGAGAUGUCUGAACUUCCCUGGGCAGCAGCAGGUGCAGUGAAAGGCCUGGGGAGGACUUGAGAGGGAUGAAGGAAAUGAUUGGUUUCUCUUUGUAAGUCAUAAUGUACAAAACAGCAGCUGGGUAGGGAUUCAGGAGCUCUGGCCACAAGCUUUGAAAUAAUAAAUGUGAUUUACUUGUACCAAAGGGCCCUUAACUGUCAUGCUGUAA